AUGUUGAUGGGAAAACAAGGUGUUAACGUCAACCAGAAAACUGGUUACACACCACUACAUUUAGCAGCCCAACAAGGACAUGAAGAAGUGAUAGAACUCCUCAUUCAGGGACUCAAGGCAGACCCAAAUAUCCGAGAUUACAGCGGGAAGAAAGCAAAGCAGUACCUGCCAAACUCUGCCUCUAGUCGCACACAACGUAAGUCUCACCACAGCCAUCUCGCAGACUCUGUUGAUAGCACUGUAGCCACCAGUAUAAGCCUACGCAAAACAACCCCCGGGGAAAACCCAGUCAUACUGAGACAUAAGGCAAACAAAACUAUAAGUCAGCCCUCAGAUUUUAGACGAGUAAAGAGCGAGUUGAUUAGCGCCCCGACUGAUUUCCGUCAUGUUCAGAGCGCAGGUUCCAGUAGCGAGAUAGGAGGUUUUGGUGAGUUGCUAGUUUCAAGUAGGCUGGGAUCAAAAACCAGCACUGGUCAAAGUCAGGAUGGGGCAUUCAUGAGGAAUGCGGGGAAUCGCCGCAGUAACCGUGAAAGCGCGAUCCGCUCCCUAAUACGGGCAUCUACGGGUGCUGUGCAGCGAACCGUGAGGCGGGGAAACUGGGGCUCAACAGAGGAUGUGAACAGUGAUGGCUCUACGCCACGGUCAUCCCCACGCAACAGUGCCGAGCCCUCACCAAAUCUCUACAGAAAGUCUGUACCAAAAGACCGUGACCUGAUGCCACCUCCCACAGCCCCUUCCAGAAACAAGGGUCGUAAACCUGUCCACUCCAUCAGCAAGGAGAGUCUACACUCUGAGGAGAGAAAAUCAUCUGUGGUGCGGCAGGUGUCCCGGUCCGAGUCUGAACCAAAUCUGGGGGAUGUCACCCAGCCCAGUAAAACCACCUUCAUCUGA